GUCGUUUUUAGAAGGAGAAUUUCUUCGCCUCUGAUUAAACCAAUGACGACGCAGUAACAGUUACUAAAUUUAACAUAUUGAUUGAUCGGUGCACAAGGUAUUCACCGCUGGUAGUUUAACAGCUAAAUUUUACCAUGUUCCAAAUGUGUUGUGUUUUAUUGUUACAAAGUAUGUUCGGGACAUGAUAGAAGUUCUUUCAACUCUUAACUUAAGAGCUUAGCAAUAACCCUAUCAUCAGCACGAGAUGUCCGUGGAGGCCUUAACUAAAUACAAAAAGCAGUGGACGUGAGAAGCUGUAUCCUUCUGUGAAUGAAUAAAAGCUGGCAAUUUUGUUGCACUUUAAUUAUAGUAUAAUUGAUACACCUACAUAGUCAAUGCUGACUGCAUUAUGUUCAUGCGUAAACUAAAGGACAUGAUUGUAAUAUUCAUGAAGCUUUUUGUGUAAAUAGAAUAGAAUUAUGAACACUGGGUUUUGUCUAAUCAUUUGCUUUAUCAUUGUACAGCUUCUUGCUAGUUUAAUUUUUUUGAUAUUAGAAUUAAUCUAAUGAUUUCCGAUUAAAUUUUUUUUUUUAAACAUUAGUACUAUUUUUGCCAUUAUAUUUUAAUUUAUAGUUGAUUAAAGCAAUUCCUCACAUGUGUUUAAUUUGAGUCCUUAGAUUUGUCUUAUGCUGUUGUUUCUUUUCUGGUUUAGUUUACUGAUGUAAGAAUUAUUACAAUAAUACGUGCCAAUGUUGAUGUGACUCUUCAUCAACUGUUUAUGGAACAUGCAUUUCCCAUCCUCAUUUUGGUCAGUAAAAAAUAAUUAUCCUAAUAACAUUGUUUUAACUUUUAAGGUUUAAUCAAAAGUUCACAGUCAGAUAAUGACAAGACAAUAAACUGUUGAAAAGAGACCAACUUUAUUACUGCAGUCCACUUCAGCAAAUAUAAUAUUGGCAAAUACUAACCCUUUACCAAAUCUGAUUGAAGAAUACAAUACUAAUUUAAUUGUCCCAAUUUUCUUGCUUUGUUGAAUAAAAGAGAAAGAGGUUAAGGGGUAGAGCUGUAGUAAGUAGACACAGACAGUGAGAUAUUCCUCAGUCCUCACUGUAAUAAUAGUGGUGUAACUGUACCCUCUCUCCACACCCCAAUAAUAAUGAUAAUGAUAUUCCCUCUUGUCUUCUGAAUCAAAUUUUCUCUAGAUAUUGUGAAGAGAGAGAAGAGAGAAGAGGUGUUAAAGUUUCAACUUUCAGUUUUGGAGUUCUCUCUUGAUUUGUUUUAGCUUCUUCAGUAUUUUGUGGCCACCAGUUGGAAGUUGGAGGAAUACAAAGAGCUCUCUCUCUCAUAGCAGUUGUUGGUUACUGAAGCAGAGAGCUAGCUGCUGCUGCUGCUGGGUUUUGCUGGGCUCCAAUGGCUUCUGUCUUCUCUUAAUCUACUGGAGGCAAGCAUUGACUGUUUUCUGGUCACACUAUCAACAAAACAUGAAAUUUGAAUUAAAGAAAAGAUGGAAAUCAAUUGUCCCACUUCAGUUGAAACACAAAUCAGCCACCAGUUUUUCUUUAUUUCCCAAAUCGAAGUCAGAUUUUGGUCCGGGCAAAGCACCUGUAUAUCUCAAUGUAUAUGACUUGACACCCAUGAAUGGCUAUGUCUAUUGGGCAGGCUUUGGAAUUUUUCACUCUGGUGUUGAAGUUCAUGGUGUUGAAUAUGCAUUUGGAGCACAUGACUACCCUACCAGUGGUGUUUUUGAGGUUGAACCUCGGCAAUGCCCAGGAUUCAAGUUCAGGAAAUCUAUAUUUAUUGGGACAACAAGCUUAGACCCUAUUCAGGUUAGAGAGUUCAUGGAGCGCCAGUCAUUGAGGUACAAUGGUGAUACAUAUCACCUGAUUGUCAAGAAUUGCAACCAUUUCUGCAGAGAUAUCUGCUACAAGCUAACUGGGAAAUCAAUUCCAAAGUGGGUAAAUCGACUGGCAAGAAUAGGUUCAAUAUGCAACUGCAUACUUCCUGAAGCGCUAAAGAUUUCUGCUGUACAACAUGACCCUAACAACCAACCAUAUGAUAGUGAGAAGAGGAGUUUGAGAAGUGCCUUCAGUUGCCUGUCUUCUAUCUCAAUGCGGCAGAAGCAAUUGUCAUCAUCUUCAUUGUUUCUACAGUCACCCUUGAAAGGCUGCUUGCCACCAUGGGAAUUAAGAAGGUCAAACAAUGGUUCCUUGAAGGAAAGGUGAGUGUUUGCAGGAUUGCUGUUGGAUGACCAACCUCCAUGACCUUGCGAUGGGGAUUUGUUGCUAAUUUUUCGUGUGUCAGCACUUGGAAGGCUGCCAUCACUCAGAUUGUUUUAGUUAUCCCAGGUUUGCGGAGUCAUGUUUAUGAUUGUUGUAACUAUAGUUUGCAGCUAGCAAAUCUAAGAGAAAUUGCUAAUCAGUUUCUCUCUGUGUCAUAUUUUUUCAUUAGCCACUCUUUAUCUUGCAAAGGUUUAGAGGUAUCCUCCAGUCACCUCAAGUGUAAAUUGUCCUGUUAACUUUGGCUAGUAUAUCAGUCUCGACAAAUGAAUCGUCUCUUAUUCCUAUCUCA